AUGGGUGAGGAGAUUUCAAACAUAGUGAACCUGGAUUUGAAUUUGGGUCCUUUCCCUGAGGUAAGUCUCGAGCCAGCAACGGAUACUGCUGUUGUGUAUUUUCCUGAUUGGGCUAAUGGACCAUUGAAUGGAGAAUCUGAACCUCUGAGAAGGUUUUGGACACGGCACAGGUUGCGUUUAACACAGAUUGAUGUACUUCCGGUUCCUGCACAGACACAUAGCCCACUGAUAGAGUUGAGUCAGUUAAUGAUCCCUUCUGCCUUACCAGCUGGUGGAGAAAGAGUCAGCGAGGAGGAGUCUAAAAAGUGUGAGAAUGGGAACAAAGUGGUUGAAGAAGAGAAUGUGAAAGUGGAGAAGAGAGUUAUUGAGAAGAGCGUUGGAAACGACGGGAGCUUUUUCGAUUGUUAUGUAUGUUUGGACUUGUCCAAGGAUCCAGUUGUUACUAACUGUGGCCAUCUUUUCUGUUGGUCUUGUCUUUACCGCUGGCUACAGGUCUCAGAGGCGAAGGAGUGUCCUGUUUGCAAAGGGGAAGUAUCAGUUAAAACCUUGACUCCAAUCUAUGGCCGUGGGGAAAAAGGCAAAAGACAGUCUCGAGAGAAGGUUUCAGAGACCAACAAGAUCCCUUCAAGACCUCAAGCAAGGCGUGUAGAGAGUCUGAGGACUACACUUGAGAGGUCAGGUUAUGUAGGGACGGAAAUGAUUAGACAUUUAGAGGAUGGGAUACAAAGAGAAUCUACUAGGAGUGGAGAAAGACCAGCUAGAGCGUUUAUUAACCGGCUUAUGUCUUCAAGAGGAGUUAGAGCAGAGCAGAUACAGUCUACUGCAGCAUUGGUCUCAAGCAUUACCUCUGAUUAUGAAAGGGAAAGCAGACAGCUGAGGGUCCCCCCUCAAGGUAUGUCUAUCCAGAGACAGAUGCAGGCAGCAGCAAGGGUAUCGUUUCCUCCUGUUUUGACCUCUGCUGAAAGAUUAGAGGAUACUUAUUUGAUGGCACAUGCAUUUGAUGAGCAACUCAACGUUCCUAGUGUUGGUGCUGAAGAUAGAGAUUCGUUCUCAAGCAUAAUAGGGGUAAUGAACUCAGAGAGUCAAGUUGAUACUGCAGCUGAGACUGAUUCUACGGUGACUGUUUCAACUUCUUCCUCUGUGAGAAGACCACAUGAGAAUGGGUCAAGGGUCUCUGAUGUAGACAGUGCAGAUUCUCGUCCACUGAGGAGAAGGAGAUUGGCUUAA